AUGGGUAGGUGGAAGGCGAUUGAGGAAGCAAAGGGACUGACCCGAAGCGUGGAUUUUGUUUUCACUCUGGGAACAGUCUUGCUUGACUAUAAGUUGUCAUUUUACAACGUGGAGGAGGGGACAGCUGAAUACGAUAAGGUUUACCACACCGUCAACCAGCGAUGUGCUGAACGAACGCUUCGCAUGUGCAAACGCCUCGGUGGCUACUAUAUUAAAUUCGGGCAGAUGGUUUCCACGCUCGACCAGGGCGUACCACAAGAAUGGGUCCAAACUCUUUCCCAGUGUCAGGACAAAGCAACUCCCGUUCCCUUUUCCGCAAUCUCCCGUGUGAUGACCGAAGAUCUCGGUGUCGAUCCAGACAAAGUGUUCCAAACGAUCGACGAGUAUCCGAUCGGUGCGGCAUCGCUCGCUCAGGUCCAUCGCGCAGUGCUACGCUCCGGCGAAGAGGUGGCCGUCAAAAUCCAAUACCCGUCGAUUCGGCGUUUUACGCUGAUCGACAUGCGCGAUUGCGAUUGGGCUACGCGCGUGAUCAAGCGCCUGUUCCCUACGUUCGAGUUUACUGUUUGUUCGAAAUGCAUGGAAUGA